AUGACCUCAUUCCCUCGCGCCCUCCCGUUCCCCCUCCCCGUCCCUGCGCGCCUUUCCCUCAUCGUCCUCCUCGCGCUCAUCGCGCUCCUCCGCCAGGCGGAGGCCUACACCAAGCCGCCGAUCCCCGACGGGUGCGUCGCGGAGAUAGCGGAGGUCGACCGGGAGGCCAUGCGCGCGGUGUACGCGGCGCUGCCCGAGGGGAUGUUCUUUUGGCACGACGGCAUACCGCAGUACAAGCUGUUCGACGACAGCCACAACGUCUCCUACUGCUGCGUCGCGCCCAAGCCCGCUAAUGUGUCGUGCCGCCUCUGGUGCCCGCUCGAGUGCACGCCCGCCGGCCACAUAACGGGCAUUUUUUCCGACCCGAGCCGCCAGGACAUGCCCGGGCCCGGCGGGAGCGGAGGGAGCUGUCCACCCGGCGCGCUGUCGCCCGCCAUAGGCGACCUCUCGGAGCUCUCGUCGCUGGUUUUCCGCCACUCGUGCCUCGCCGGCGACUUGCCGGACUCCGUCACGCGCCUCCAGAAGCUGACGGAAAUCGAAAUGCCCGAAAACAACUUCUCCGGGCCCAUUCCGCCAGGCCUUUUCCGCCUGCCCGCGCUCCGCCACGUGGAUCUCAGCACAAUUAGUCUUCACUCGUACUUUCAACAUGAAGGCUUUUCGGGGUCCCUUCCCGACGGGCCCGACACGUACUCCCCGUCGCUGGAAACGGUCAUCUUGUCCGGCAACGCGCUCUCGGGGGAGCUUCCGCGCGCCCUUCUCCGCGCGCCAGCGCUGAGUCGGUUGGACCUGGAGAGGAACAACAUCACGGGAGAACUCCCGGGGGAGGCGGGCGCGUAUUCGCGGAGCAUCAUUCAGCUCAUCCUGCGCAACAACAGCCUGUCCGGCGCCAUUCCGGCCGCGCUGGCGGAGAUGACGGCGCUGCGGAAACUCGACCUGGGGUGGAACCGUCUCUCCGGCGCGGUGCCCGCGGCGCUGCGCGACUCCGAGUCGCUCACGGAGCUCGACGAGGUGCGACUCGACAGCAACGCGCUCAUCGUGCCGUUCUGCGACGCGCUGCUGCCGGCGAGCGAGCUCUGGCUGGGCUUCAACGACCUGGGCGGCGCGAGCGUCGGAAGUAGCGCCAGCGCCACCGGCGGCGGCGGCGGGGGCGGCGGAGGUGAGGCGGACGAGGGGGGCUCUCUGCACGGCUGCGUGCUGCCCGCGAAGCUAGAGAGACUAAGCGCGCCGCACGCGGGCCUCCGGGGGAGCGUUCCGACCGACCUGUUCCUCGCGACGAACGCGCAGACGGGGCGCAAGCCCUCCAUGGGCGGCGUGGGUAGGAUAAUCCGGAUCGACCUGAGCCACAACAGCCUCUCGGGCAACCUGCGAGCUUUCACGGUGCUUCCGUCCGUGGACUUGGAUCUGUCGCACAACAACUUCUCGGGCAGUAUUCCCGAGGCGUUUUUCAGCGACGACUUCUGGCUCGUGGACCUGCGGUUUAAUGAGCUGUCGGGGCCGCUGUUUGACGCGCGCCGGGUUUGGAGUUACGACUGGGACGUGCUGCGCGUGAGCAACAACAGCGCGCGCAUGGCGGGCGCCGUGGGCGCGGGGUACCUCCCCGCGCCGGCGCCUGGCGUGCAGGCGUCCGCUGCGGAGACUGCUGCUCUGCUGGCGGUGCGCGAUGCGCUCCUGGGGGAAGCAGCGGGGGGAACAGUCGGAGGAGCAGGGGGGGGAACGGCGUUGGUGAACGGCGGAAACGGCUCGUGGGCGGAGAUACUGCGCAGCUGGGACGCGAGCAGCAGCAGCUCGUGUGCGUGGUACGGCGUGGGGUGCACAGCAGACGGACACGUGGACACUCUGCACCUGAUAGGCGCUUCCAACAUCACCCUACACCCCAACUUCGUCCCGGAAUCGCCCGAAUGCGUGUACGACCAGUACGGCGACCAGACAUGCGCGCACGACGUUCCGCCGCCUCCCAAUACGGUGUGGUUCUUCCUGCAGGGCCUGCAUGGCGGCAGCGCUAGCGCCGGCAGUGCGAGCGGGAGUCUGUCGGAGGCGUUGGGGCAGCUCACGCACCUCACCUCGCUCCGCAUCUCCGGGCACGUCCUCUCCGGUGGCCUGCCGCCGUCCCUGUCACGCCUCUCUCACCUCGUCGCUCUCGACCUCUCCUCCGACCGCCACCUCUCCGGCUCCAUCCCUCCGGGCCUCUUCGCCCUCCCCUCGCUGCGAGAACUCUCCCUCCGCGGGAACAACCUCACGGGAGAGCUCCUCCCAGCCGCCACUGCAGCAGCGGCAGCAGCAGCAGCAGGGGCGGAGGCGGCGACGCCGCCGCUGCUGUCACCGAGCUUGGAGAGUCUAGACGUGGGGGGGAACGCUCUCUCGGGGUCCAUUCCAGCUGCCGUGAGUCUUCUGACGGGGCUGACGCGCCUGGCGCUGGACCAGAACCGGCUGGACGGCAGCUUGCCAAGGGAGCUCGGCGCGCUCUGGAUGCUCCAAGACUUGCACCUGAAGGGGAACGCCCUCCGGGGGGACAUCUCUGCACUCGCUGCCGCCUUCCACCCCCCAGCUGCUGCUGCUGCUGACGCUGCUGCUGCUGCUGACGCUGGCAGUACUGCCGACUCUGCUGCCCCCAGUGCGCCUUUCUUGUGGGGACUCAGCGGGGUCUUCCCGCUGCUGACUCGUCUGGAUGUCAGCAGCAACCAGCUCUCAGGCGACGCAGCCACGCUCUCCCCUCUCCCGCAAUACUUCCACACACUCAACGUCUCUCACAACCUCCUCACGUGCGGUCCCGGCAACGCCUCCUGGAACGCGUACUACAUGGACCUCUCACACAACCGUAUCAGCGCCCCGCUUCAGGACCUCUUUGCGAAAGACGACAGCUUCGAUUCGAAAGUGCUGCGCCUGUCUCACAACCAGCUCUUGGGACCCAUCCCUGCCACGCUCCUGCGAGACAAAGUGCGAGGAGAGUUGGACCUCUCACACAACCUGCUCACGGGUUCAAUUCCCACCAUCGUCAAUUUCGUCUCCAUGAAGACUCUCGACCUGUCAUACAACCAGCUCUCCGGCACCAUUCCUGAGCUGGAUCGCUUCCUGAUAAGAUACCCUCCCCAGGGGAACAGCCAAAGCUCCUCCCUCGUCCCCCUCUCCUACUUGGACCUCUCUUCAAAUAAACUCACUGGAAGCAUCUCCGAUGCUCUUGUCACUGGCCUCACAGCCCUAUCCCACUUGGAUCUCUCUGACAACCUGCUAUCAGGCUCGCUGCCGCGCUCCCUCGCUGCUAUCCCCCCACUCACCCAUCUGGACCUCUCACGCAACAAGCUCAAAGGCUCCCUGCCUGCCUUCUGCCAGGGCAAGCAGCGCCUCGCCUCUCUCCUCCUCUCCUCCAACGCUUUCUCCGGCCCCCUCUCCUCCCUCCUCCCCUCCUCCUCCUCCUGCGCCUCCUCCCUCCUCUCCCUCAACGUCUCCACCAACCAGCUCUCCGGCUCACUCCCCUCGUCCCUCUCGCGCUUCACCGCUCUGCACUCCUUACUAGCGGCGCGCAACCGCAUGAGCGGCAGCAUCCCUGCAGGGCUGGCGUCCCUGAAGGUCCUGCAGGAGCUGGACGUGUCGUGGAGCGGGCUCUCAGGCACCAUCCCUGCACGCCUGCGUGCUGCUGCCCCCUCCCUGCAAGUGCAACUCGCUGGCAACGCCCUCUCUGGCUCCGUCCCCCCCUCGCUCUCCGACCUGCCCACCUCCUGCUUCCGCCCCGGCAACCCCAAGCUCUGUGGGAAGCCCUUGCCUGACUGCAAGAAGCGCUCUUCCAAGCCCAGGAAGGGCAGGGUGUAG